UUGCGUCGUCCAUUAUCCAUACAGCUAAGGCAAAGGUUAGGUAAGCUUAUAUUUCAUACUCUCGUGGAAGAAAGAACACCUAAAAUACAAACUUUCCAUAGAUUAAUUGACUGGCUAAAUACUUCGAACGCAGAAUCACCUCACAAAUUAAGCAAAGAAAUCGCUUACCUUGAAAAGGCCCUCAGUCCUGGGCCGAGGGUGGCAAAAGAGCAUCUUACUGACAAGGGUAGGGAAAAUAUCAAACCAAUUGUAACUGGACACCAUACUCUUCGUGUCCAACGGGGCCUAAUAUUAGGUGUUAUCCUCUUCAUUGUGUCCGAGUGCUUUUUCUUCUUGUCUAUCUUUUGGGCCUUCUUUGAUGCCGCUUUAGCGCCUACGGUGGAGCUAGGUUGUGCAUGGCCUCCGGCUGGUAUUCAGCCUAUAGAUCCUUGGGAAUGGCCUCUUGUAAACACCAUACUCUUACUAUCUUCAGGUGUUCGCCUGAAAUGUAAUCAAUCUGAUUUAUUUGUGUUAUUUAGCUUACUGCCAUUUAACUGUCCCAGAGUUCCGUCCACAAAAAGAAUUGGUCCCCAUAAUUAUGAGAUAAUUUGUAUCCUUAUAGGAUCAUUGCUAGGUGAUGGAUCUAUGGAAAAAGAUGGUAAUGGUUCACGGUUUGCUUUUUAUCAAGAAAAAACAAAUGGCGAAUACUUAUUAUGGCUACAUCAAGUUAUUAGUUCUCUUGGUUACUGUAAACCAGAGAUACCUGUCAUACAAACUAGAAAAGGAACAAAUGGACAAAUACGCUACUUUUAUAGAUUCAGAACUUAUACAUACAGUUCAUUUAAUUGGAUUUAUGAGGAAUUUUACCCUAAUAAACGGAAAGUUGUCCCUCAGAUUAUAGAUCAGUAUUUAUCACCUUUGGCCUUAGCUGUAUGGAUAAUGGACGACGCAACUCUUUACAAAAAUAAAGGAUUAAGAUUCUGCACUAAUAGUUUCACACUUAAAGAGGUCCAAUAUUUAGCUAGUGUUCUAGAAAAGAAGUAUUCUCUAAAUACCUCUAUACAUAAAACAGGUGUAGUAAAUCAAUAUGGUUUAUAUAUUCCUAAGUCUAGUAUGGCAGAUCUCACUAAAAUAGUUAAACCUCAUAUUCAUCCUACCAUGCUUUAUAAAUUACCUUCUAUUUAA